UCGCGUUCCGGCACGUUGGGCCUGAGGGAUGGAGGACGAGUUGGAGUUGGAUGAGGAGGUCUGCAAGGGGGUAGUAAAGAUGGGGAGACGUGCUCAUCAUGAUUACUUGCCGGACGAAAACCACCUUAGCCAGAUGAACUCUCCAGUUGCACAGCGUCCAUCAUCUAAACCACAUAUACGCGAAGGUGUGUGGUCUGGCUUGGUUGGUGUAAAUGUGUCCAGGUCAAAAAAGAAACCUGCAGAACAAGAAGUUGAAGAUCAUCGUCUAAGACAAGAAAGCACAAAGGCAGAUAAUGGAGAAGAUAUACCAGUGAUCCCUGACUUGGAGGAAGUACAAGAGGAGGACUUUGCCAUGCAAGUGGCAGCCCCCCCUAGUGUUCAGGUGAAUAGAGUGCUGACCUACCGUGAUUUGGACAAUGAUCUCAUGAAGUAUGCUGCAUUCCAAACCUUGGAUGGAGAGAUUGAUCUCAAACUUCUCAGUAAAGUGUUAGCACCAGAACAAGAAGUACGAGAGGUGAGUUCAUUCUGA